AUGUUGAAAUUUGUUCAGGAAAACCACACCAUCCCGAUCACGAAGCGUUAUCUGUGGACGGACAACACUACGGCGCUUUCUUGGAUCAGGUCGGAUCCACGCAACUACCGCCCCUUCGUUGCCCACAGAGUAGGAGAAAUUCUGGAGACUACCAGCGUAGAUGAAUGGAGAUACGUUCCAUCGUUGUCCAACCCGGCUGACGAGGGGACUAAGUGGGGCAAAGGACCGUAUUUCAGCACCGAUAGCCGCUGGUUUGCUGGACCACAGUUUCUGAGGUACCCGGAAGACGACUGGCCAACUCCACCAGAGUUAUCUUCCAUCGAGACUGAGGAGAUACGUCCUUCUGUUCUUUUCCACUUUCCGUAUGAGCCAGUCAUUCAGUUUGAAAGGUUCCCGAAGUGGGAGAGGCUACAUCGCACGGUAGCUUAUGUGCUACGUUUCAUGAACAACAUCAACGGAAAGCGGCGCAAAAUGUGUGGCGAAUUGCAACAAGAGGAGCUCCAGGCAGCGGAAGCGGUGAUCAUGAAGCAGGUGCAGUGGCAAGUGUUUCCGGACGAGAUGACAAUUCUCACGAAGAACAAGUCUGCUGCGGAAGGUGAAGCACAACCGAUCCCGAAAAGCAGUUCGCUGUAUCAACUAGUACCGGCGUUGGACGAAGACGGAGUAAUGCGACAGAGCGGACGCAUCGGAGCAGCAAAACAUGCAUCGUACAAUCUGCGGCAUCCAGUGAUUCUUCCCCGAAAGAGUGAAGUGACUACGCUCGUGGUGGAUGAGUACCACCGGAAGUAUAAACAUGCCAACCCGGAAACUGUAGUCAAUGAAAUCCGUCAGCAUUUUGAAAUCCCUCGAUUGCGAACAGUGGUGCGAAGGUGCAGCCGUGAGUGUAGGUACUGCAUACUUCGCCGAGCGCGGCCGUACAUCCCUCCGAUGGCUCCACUUCCAGCGGCCCGUCUUGCAGCCUGCAGCCGUCCAUUUAGUUUCGUCGGAUUGGAUUAUUUCGGUCCGUUGUUGGUGAAGCAAGGAAGAGCGAGCGUGAAGAGGUGGAUCGCACUUUUCACUUGUCUGACCGUGCGCGCGGUCCAUCUGGAAGUUGUGCACAGCCUGACGACUUCAUCAUGCGUUUCCGCCGUCCGAAGGUUCAUCGGCCGUCGCGGAGCACCAGUAGAAUUCUACAGCGAAAACGGGACCAAUUUUCAAGGCGCCGAACGACUUCUGCGGGAACAAAUUGAGCAGGGACUAUCCGCCACCUUCACCAGCUCGAAGUGCAAAUGGCUCUUCAUUCCGCCAGGUGCUCCACACAUGGGCGGUGCCUGGGAAAGGAUGGUCCAGUCAGUGAAAGCCGCGAUGGGUGAAGCUUACGGGGAUGGGAAACUUGACGAGGAAGGACUUGGGACUUUGGUUGUGGAGGCUGAGAGCGUAGUCAAUGCUAGGCCUUUGACGUAUCUGCCGUUAGACUCGGAGGAAUCUGAGGCACUAACACCGAACCAUUUCUUGCUCGGGAGUUCGAGCGGUAUCAAGGAACCGGGCCGGGACAUUCGCUACCAGCAGCGGAACCUUCAGAAGACGUGGGUAGAGAUACAACAGCAACUGGACAUCUUCUGGAAACGGUGGCUUAAAGAAUAUCUGCCAGUUAUUCGCCGGCAACCGAAGUGGUUCGAAGAAGCUGCGAGAGAGAUCAAGGAUGGUGACUUGGUUCUCAUUACCGAUGACGGCAGACGAAGCGAGUGGACCAGAGGACGUGUGGAGCAAGCUAUUAGAGGACCUGAUGGAAGAGUGCGUCAAGCUAUCGUGCGGACUAAGGGAGGUAGUGUACGAAGACCGGUUACCAAGAUCGCCUUGCUGGAUGUUGGAGAAACCCGUGCAGUCUUGGCCGAUGGCAAGAUGCACCCGGCGGAGGAUGUUGCCGCAAGUCUACCAAUUUACCACAGGGGUGGUGAAUCUGGUAACCCGGUCGCUGAAGGCGACGCGUCCAACAGAAACGUCACCCGCUGUCACCGAUGA